AUUACUGUCAGACACACACAGAACCAGAUGGAUCACAGAGAGGAGGCUGAUGGUGAAACCAGAGUUUUAUAAAGUGAUCCACAAUGGCCACAAGUAAUACAACGCACCUGUUGAAAACUCUGGAGCAGCUCGGGGAAAAGGAGCUGAAGAAGUUUAAAUGGUUCCUGCAGAAUGAAGUUCCAAGUGGGUUUAAUCCCAUCCCAAAGAACAAGUUGGAGAACGCUGAUGAACUGGACACAGUGGAAAAGAUGGUGGCGACAUAUGCACUCAAAGGAGCUCUGAAGAUCACUGUGGAGAUCCUGAGAAAGAUGGAUCAGAAUAAUCUUGCUGAGCGGCUGAUGGGUGUCAGUGGUGCUGACGAGGCAGGUGGGAACAGUUCAACUUCCUGUCUUCCUCAGGAAGUCCAGGGUUCUUUCAACACGACUGAGACUGGAGGCCAUGUUGCUGCUCCUGGUGGAAACCCCUCAGAGCAUGCUGUUGUUGAAGUGAUCAGCAAACUCAAAUCUAAACUGAAGAAGAACUUUCAGGCUGUGUUUGAGGGCAUACCUCAAAUAGAAAAACCUCUUCUCAAGGAGAUCUACACAGAUCUCUACAUAACAGAGGGUGAGAGUGGAGAGGUCAAUAAAGAACAGGUGAGACAGAUUGAGACAGCAUCCAGGAAAUCAGCAAGACCAGAGACAGCCAUCACAUGCAACAACAUCUUUAAACGCUCAGCUGGACGAGACACACCUAUCAGAAUUGUUCUGACAAAAGGAGUUGCUGGCAUCGGAAAAACUGUCUCUGUGCAGAAGUUCAUCACGGACUGGGCGGAGGGACUAGCCAAUCAGGAAAUCCAGUUCAUCUUUCCUCUGCCGUUUCGAGAGCUGAAUCUGUUGGAUGGAGAAGAGUUCAGUCUGAUGGAACUUGUCCAUCACUUCUUCUCAGAAACCAGGCAAUCAGGAAUCUCCAUCUAUGACAAGUACAACAUUCUGUUUGUCUUUGAUGGUCUGGAUGAGUGUCGACUGCCCUUAGCUUUCAAAAAGAACAAGAGCUGGUCUGAUGUCACAGAGUCCACCUCAGUGGAUGUGCUGCUGACCAACCUGAUCAAAGGAAACCUGCUUCCCUCUGCUCUCAUCUGGAUCACCACUCGACCUGCAGCAGCCAAUCAGAUCCCUUCUGAGUGUGUUGACCGAGUGACAGAGGUACGAGGGUUCAAUGAUGCUCAGAAGGAGGAGUACAUCAUGAAGAGAUGCAGUGAUGAGAUCCUGGCCAGGAGAAUCAUCUCACACAUCAAGGCAUCAAGGACUCUCUACAUCAUGUGCCACAUACCAGUCUUCUCCCUAAUGUGUGUGACAGUCCUGGAGCACAUGCUGAGAACAGAGAAGAAAGAGAAGAUGCCCAAGACCCUGACUGAGAUGUACACAGCCUUCCUGGUGUUACAGACCAAACAGAAGAAGGUGAAGUAUCAUGGGGAAACUGAGACAGAUCCACACUGGGAUGAAGAGAGCAUUAAGAGCAUUCUGUCACUGGGAAAACUGGCCUUUCACCAGCUGGACAAAGGCAACCUGAUUUUCUAUGAGAAAGACCUGACAGAGUGUGGCAUUGAUGUCCGUGAUGCCUCAGUGCACUCAGGAGUGUUCACACAGAUCUUCAGACAGGAUGGUAAAGUCUUCCAAGAGAAGGUGUUCUGCUUUGUCCAUCUGAGCUUUCAGGAGUUUCUGGCUGCUGUGUUUGUGUUUCUCUCAUUCAUCAACAAAAAUGAGAAUCUGAUGUCUCAGUCUACCUCAGACACAUCUGACGUCCACCUCUACAAGAGUGCUGUGGACAAGGCCUUGCAGAGUAAGAAUGGACACCUGGACCUUUUCCUCCGCUUCUUCCUGGGCCUCUCAAUGGAGUCCAAUCAGUCUGACUUACGAGGCCUACUGACUCAUACAAGAAGCAACACACAGAGCCAUCAGGAAACAGUCAAGUACAUCAAGAAGAAGAUCAGAGAGGAGUCCUCUCCAGAGAGAUGCAUGAAUCUGUUCCACUGUCUGAAUGAACUGAAUGACCAGUCUCUGGUGGAGGAGAUCCAACAGUACCUGAGCUCAGGAAGUCUCUCCAGUGAGGAGCUCUCAUCUACACAGUGGUCAGCUCUGUUCUUUGUGUUGCUGACUUCAGAAGAGAAGAUGGACGUGUUUGACCUGAAGAUAUACUCCAGAUCAGAGGAAGGUCUUCUGAGGCUGCUGCCAGUGGUCAAAGACUCCAAAACUGCUCUGUUGAAUGACUGUAACCUCUCAGAACGGUGCUGUGAAGCGCUGGCCUCAGCUCUCCCCUCCUCAGAGCUUACAGAGCUGGACUUGAGUAACAACAACCUGGGGGAUUCAGGCAUGAAGCUGCUCUCUGCUGGACUGGGGAAUCCACUCUGCAAACUGGAGACACUGAGGCUGAAUGACUGUAACCUCUCAGAACGGUGCUGUGAAGCGCUGGCCUCAGCUCUCCCCUCCUCAGAUCUGACAGAGCUGGACUUGAGUAACAACAACCUGGGGGAUUCAGGCAUGAAGCUGCUCUCUGCUGGACUGGGGAAUCCACUCUGCAAACUGGAGACACUGAGGCUGUCAGGCUGUCACAUCACAGAGGAAGGCUGUGCUUCUCUGAGCUCAGCUCUGAAGUCAACCUCCUUCCUGAGACAACUAGAUCUAAGUAACAAUGAUCUGAAGGAUGCCGGCAUGAAGCUGCUCUCUGCUGGACUGGGGAACCCACUCUGCAAACUGGAGACACUGAGGCUGUCAGGCUGUCACAUCACAGAGGAAGGCUGUGCUUCUCUGGGCUCAGUGCUGAAGUCAACCUCCUUCCUGAGACAACUAGAUCUAAGUAACAAUGAUCUGAAGGAUGCCGGCAUGAAGCUGCUCUCUGCUGGACUGGGGAACCCACUCUGCAAACUGGAGACACUGAGGCUGUCAUGCUGUGGGGUCACAGAGGAAGGCUGUGCUUCUCUGGCCUCAGCUCUGAAGACAAACCCCUCCCUUCUGAGAGAUCUGGAUCUGAGCAACAGUGACCUGAGGAAAUCAGAUAUGAAGCUUCUCUCUGCUGUUUUGGGGAAUCCACUCUGCAAAUUGGAGACACUGAGGCUGUCAGGCUGUCACAUUGCAGAAGAAGGCUGUGCUUCUCUGGCUUCAGCUCUGAAGACAAACCAUCCCCUUCUGAGAGAUCUGGAUCUGAGCAACAGUGACCUGAAGGAUUCAGACAUGAAGCUGCUUUCUGCUGUACUGGAGGAUCCACUCUGCAAACUGGAGACACUGAGGCUGUCAUGCUGUGGGGUCACAGAGGAAGGCUGUGCUUCUAUGGCCUCAGCUCUGAGGUCAAACCCCUCCACCCUGAGAGAACUGGACCUGAGGAACAAUGACCUCCAGAUUCCAGAAAUGCAACUGCUCUCUGAUCUACAGUGGAAUCCACUCUGCAAACUGGAGACGUUAAGGGUGUCAAGCUGUGACAUCACAGAGGAAGCUUGUGCUUCUUUGGCCUCAGCUCUGAAGUCAAAGCCCUCCUCUCCGAGAGAACUGGACCUGAUUAACAAGGACCUGAGGGAAUCAGAUAUGAAGCUUCUCUCUGCUGUUUUGAGGAGUCCACUCUGGAAAUUGGAGACACUGAGGCUGUCAGGCUGUCACAUCACAGAGGAAGGCUGUGCUUCUCUGGGCUCAGUGCUGAAGUCAACCUCCUUCCUGAGACAACUAGAUCUAAGUAACAAUGAUCUGAAGGAUGCCGGCAUGAAGCUGCUCUCUGCUGGACUGGGGAACCCACUCUGCAAACUGGAGACACUGAGGCUGUCAGGCUGUCUGGUCACAGAGGAAGGCUGUGCUUCUCUGGCCUCAGCUCUGAGGUCCAACCCCUUCCACCUGAGGGAACUGGACCUGAGCUACAAUCAUCCAGGAGAAAAAGGAUCGAAGCUGCUCUCUGCUGGACUGGAGGAUCCACACUGCAGACUGGAGAAACUCAAUGUGGAUCAUGGUGGAGAGUGCAGGAUCAAACCUGGUCUUAGGAAAUAUGCCUGUGAGCUCACACUGGACCCAAACACAGCAUGCAGAGAACUCUCUCUGUCUGAGGAGAACAGAAAGGUGACAAGGAGGUGGGAGAAGCAGCCGUAUCCUGAUCACCCAGAGAGAUUUGAGGGCUGUGCACAGGUGCUGUGUAGAGAGGGUCUGUCUGGGCGCUGUUACUGGGAGGCAGAGUGGAGUGGAAGAUGGGUUGGUAUAGCAGUGACAUAUAAAGGAAUCAGCAGGAGAGGAAGGGGUGCUGACUGUAGGCUUGGACACAAUAACAAGUCCUGGAGUCUGGUCUGUGAUGAUGACGAUUACUCUGCCUGGCACAAUAAGAAGAGCACUGACAUACCUGCCCCCCCCUCCAGCUCCCACAGAGUAGGAGUGUAUCUGGACUGGCCGGCCGGCACUCUGUCCUUCUACACAGUCUCCUCUGACACACUGACCCACCUGCACACAUUCCACAGCACAUUCACUGAGCCCCUCUAUCCUGGGUUCUUGGUUCUUGAUGACUCCUCAGUGUCCCUGUGUCAGGUAGAAUAGCCCACACACACUCUCACACACUGUGCUCACAUAGAUGUCAUUGAAGAUUGAACUGUAUACAGUUGGAAUUGAUAUCCCAGAGUGUUUGUAAAUAUUGGUGUGUGUAGAAUGUUUGUUUUGUUUUAACCUUUUAGAUGUAAAUAUUACUGAUAUUAAAUAUUAUUAAUAUCUCUAAAUAUUACCUACGCUUCCACCAGAGUGAGUUAUUUUUCCAAAACGGAAGCUAGCUUUAGUUAGCUUCCGUUACCUAGCAACCUAGCAUAAUACUCGUAGCAAUGCUACUACCUGCUAGUGUUACUUGUUAGCCUCCUAAUUGUACAUUUUGAAGCCAUACUACAGCGUUUGUCAUGUAGUUUUUGUCUAUCGGAAAAUAGUCGGUUGGAAUGUUCAGAAUCACACGUGCGACGUUACUCUGUGGGGCUUUCGAACUAUCGCACACGUGUGAUGCUGCUCCUUAACGGGUUAAUUGUUGACAAACAACAAUCCUGUCUUUGAUCUCAGUCCCACUGAAUGUGAUGAACUAAAUAGUGUCUUAGUGACUAAAUAAGGAGAAAUAAAGAUGUUUUAUACAGGAUGAUAGAAGACAUGCUGUGUGUUUGUUGGUGACCCAGUGGCCCUAUAGACACACACACACACACACGUACACACACACACACACAUGCACACACAC